AUAUAGAGAGAGAGAGGAGAGAGAGAGAGGAAGCGUCUAAUAGCGGAAAAAUUGCCCACAUAUUUCGUAGGCUCCUAGCUUUUGCGAGGAGAUAAUGUUGUCGAAAGCCGACAGCAGAAAGAAAGCCGGUGAAAAUUCAAGUACAGGGAAAUUUGGAAAUGACCUCGAAGCCAUAAGUAAAGCUUUGUAUGGUGAUAAAACUUUGUCAAGGCUUGCCAGUUCCACAGCAAGUAGUCGAUCCAAAUCCGUUGGAAAAUCCAAUUUGCUCGAUUCCAAGAUGAAGCCGAAGGAUGCUGCAAAGAACAAUCCGAAAGAAUUGGUGGACAAAGAAAAGAAGCCCUCAAUUUGGAGCUGGAAGGGUCUAAAGGCAUUGACCCAUAUUCGGAACCGUAGAUUCAAUUGUUGUUUCUCUCUCCUAGUCCAUUCAGUCGAGGGUUUACCGUCUUUCUUCGACGAUGUUUAUGUCGUUGUGCAUUGGAAGAGGCGAGAUGGUGAGCAGAUGACUCGUCCGAUUAGGGUUUAUCAAGGAGUGGCCGAGAUUGAAGAACAGCUGACUCAUUCUUGCUCUGUGUACGGUAGUAGGAGUGGGUCCCACCAUUCGGCAAAGUACGAGGCGAAGCAUUUCUUGUUGUAUGCAUCUGUUUAUAAUGCACCCGAGCUCGAUUUGGGGAAGCACCGUAUAGAUUUGACACGUUUGCUUCCUCUCACAUUGGAGGAAUUGGAAGAGGAGAAAAGCUCGGGUAAGUGGAUGACUAGUUUCAAGCUAUCGGGUAAAGCGAAAGGUGCAAAAAUAAAUGUUAGUUUUGGAUAUGUUGUAAUUGGAAAUAAUAGCAGCGAGCCGUGUAGAAACAGUAAUGUUCCUGAUGUACCGAUCUUAAGGCAGAACAGAUCACAGACGGAGAAAAUCCUCGUCGGUCAAAUUGAUGAAUUGAGCAUUCGUAGGGUGGGGAGUCUACCUGCCAGGCUGUCGACCUUAAACAAUUCCGAGGAAAUAAAGGAUCUUCACGAGGUUUUGCCUGUAUCGAAUUCGGAGCUCUGUGAAUCGGUUAAUGUGCUUUAUCAGAAAUUGGAUGAAGAGGCUGGAAAUAAAUUGGAUGUUGUUGAAACUCAUAAACAGAUUUCAUUUACACCAACCGAUGAUGGUGGUGAGAAAGUUUGUGAAACCGAGUGGGAGAUUAGUGAAUUUUGUGUUGUAGAGAAAGGGAUAGAAGAGUUCACUAAAGAAGAGGUGCGGCCAAAAGAGGAUCCUUCGAAGGUUAUUUUAGAAGCUUCCGAAGAGGUUCUUGAAACUAACGAUGAUGAUAUGGAGGUGCCUGUUGAUGUAGAUGCUGCUCUUCAUAAUCCCUCAACCGAAGCUUCCGAAGAGGUUCUUGAAACAAAUGAUCAUGAUAUGGAGGUGCCCCUUGAUGUAGAUGCUGCUCUUCAUAAUCCCUCAACCGAAGAAAUUAUUUCUCAGAAAGACGAAGAGAGUAACAUGUCCUGCAAAGAAUCACUAAUGAAAGAACUGGAUACUGCAUUAAGUUACGCCACGGAUUUGGUGAACGAAGGACAAGAUUCUCAAGAUGACGAAAGUGAUGCUUUGGAACUAGAAAGUCAUAGGAAGGGGAAAUCUCUUAGCUUGGAUGAUGUCACCGACUCAGUGGCCAGUGAUUUCUUGAACAUGCUAGGUAUCGAGCACAGUCCAUUUGGCUUGAGUUCCGAAAGCGAACCGGACUCUCCAAGAGAGCGCCUUCUGAAGCAAUUCGAGAACGAUACUCUCGCAAAUGGAGGUUUACUCAACUUCGAUAUCGAGAAUGAUCCAGAAGAACCCGUCAGUGAAAUUCCAAUGGGGUCUAUCUGGGAAGCGAUCUCAAACGAUUUCUACCAAUCUUCGAUAUGUGAAGGCUUUCAGGAGAUUCCCGAGAUAGAUACAGACGCAUUUAGGGGUAAAUCGAACGCCUCGAUAUUAGAGGAUUUGGAAACCGAGGCUUUGAUGCGCGACUGGGGCAUAAACGAGAAAGCGUUUCAACACUCUCCGCCUAGUCAUUCGGGUGGCUUUGGCAGUCCGGUUGACAUCGUACCUCCCCAUGAGGAGGUUCCUCAGCAGCUUCCUCCACUAGCGGAAGGUUUGGGACCCUUUGUGCAGACUAAAAAUGGAGGCUUUUUGCGCUCGAUGAACCCUGUACUUUUCAAGAAUGCUAAAAGUGGAGGCAGCUUGAUUAUGCAGGUGUCUAGUCCGGUGGUGGUGCCUGCAGAAAUGGGCUCCGGUGUAAUGGACAUACUUCAGGGUUUGGCUGCUGUCGGGAUUGAGAAGCUGUCAAUGCAGGCGAACAAGUUGAUGCCUUUGGAAGAAAUAAAUGGGAAGACAAUGCAACAAAUAGCAUGGGAAGCUGCACCGAGUCUUGAGGGAUCUGAGAGUCAAGGUUUAUUUCAGCAUGAUGAAUAUGAAAUUAGGCGAAAUUCACCUGUUGAACAGAAGAGGGUGAAAGGAACAUCCUCCGUCAAUCGAUCUGGUAAACCCGAUGCAACUUUGUUCGGCAACGACACAGAAUACGUUUCUUUAGAAGAUCUUGCCCCUUUAGCAAUGGAUAAAAUCGAAGCUCUUUCAGUAGAGGGUUUGAGAAUACAAUCCGGAAUGUCGGACGAAGAAGCACCUUCGGAUAUCACCACACAAUCGAUCGGUGAAUUCUCGGCCCUCAAGGGAAAGACCCUCGAUGGAGCUGGUGGAUUGCAACUUCUUGAUAUUAAAGAUGAUAAUAAUAAUGAAGAUGUUGAUGGAUUGAUGGGCUUAUCUCUAACGCUCGACGAAUGGAUGAGGCUUGAUUCAGGUGAAAUCACUGACGAAGAUCUAGUCAACGAACGAACGUCAAAAGUACUUGCUGCCCACCAUGCCACCUCAUUGGAUCUUUUUCGAGGAAGAUCGAAGGGGGACAAGAAACGUGGCAAGGGUAAGAAGAAGUAUGGUUUGUUGGGUAAUAAUUUCACCGUGGCAUUAAUGGUGCAGCUUCGUGAUCCGUUAAGGAAUUACGAGCCAGUGGGUACUCCAAUGCUUGCUCUUAUUCAAGUCGAGAGGGUUUUCGUACCGCCGAAACCUAGAAUCUACUGCACAGUUCCUCGUGUAAGAAACUCCGAUGAAGAAGAAAAAGAAGAAGAGGAAAAAGAGGUUAAGGCUGAAAAAGAGGAGAUUAUAAUUGAGAAGCCAAUUGAAGAAGAAUUGGUUCCUCAGUAUAAAAUCACUGAAGUGCAUGUUGCAGGGCUAAAAACGGAACCGACGAAAAAGAAGCUGUGGGGUUCGACAAACCAGCAGCAAGCUGGGUCCCGCUGGCUGCUGGCGAAUGGAAUGGGGAAGAAGAACAAGCAUCCAUUGAUGAAGUCAAAGGUUGUCGCGAAGAAUUCGAAUUCAAAUUCAGGUACUGCUUCUUCUUCGUCUACGAAGACUACAACAGUACAGCCUGGAGAGACAUUAUGGAGCAUCUCUUCACGUGUGCAUGGAACAGGGGAGAAAUGGAAAGAACUCGCAGCACUUAAUCCACAUAUUCGAAACCCUAAUGUUAUUUUUCCGAAUGAAAAGAUCAGACUGUGCUAGGAUUUAAAGUGCAGCUGGAAUUCUUUACAUUAUAUGUUUUUUCGGAAUUGUAUUUUACAACGGUACUUUGUUCCCUUUUUUCCUUCCAAUGUCGGGAUUCUAUCUAAGUAGUAAUUACUCGAAAAUAUCUUCUUGAUCAUCC